CCAGUUCAGUUUUUGAUUGGCUCCCAAACAGUGUGGUCGGUUGCAAAAUGGAAAGUUUAAGCGACCGUAUCUUAAGGUUUCGACCUAAUACUUUGCUUGAAGUGAGAAAAGAAUUGAACUUGGAUAAACCGGGACGAAUUGAGGAAGCCAUCGAUAUCUUGGAGGACUGGGUGCAAAAGCAGCCGCAUUUCGCUAAGAAGGAUUUUCCUCGAGAAUACCUAGAAAGGUUCAUAAUUAUAUCAAAAGGUUUAGUGGAGAGAGCGAAAGAGAAGUUGGAUAAAUUAUGUACCUUCAAAACCUUGAUGCCAGAAUUCUUCAGUCCCAUCGAUGUCAAGAAAGAAUUGGAACCGAUACAUCAAAUUAUUCACACAGCACAUAUCCCAGAAAUGACUCCUCAGUAUACCAGGGUCUACAUCGCCAAGCUUGUCUCCGAAAACCUGGAGUCUUCAUACGUGUUCAGCUACUACAAAUACUUGACUGCGCUCAGUGAAUACAUGCUGCAGGCUGAAUACUGUGCCGGUUUCGAAAUUAUUUUGGAUUAUACGCAAAUCAAUAUCCUGAGCUUCGUCACCAAGAUCAAUCCUAUAGAGCUGAGGCAAAUUAUCACUUUGAUGACUGAAGGCUAUGGCUGUCGGAUAAAGAGCAUCCACGUGAUCUCGUCCUCCAAGAUGAUAGAUACUUUAAUAUCAUUGCUGAAACAAGUCUUCAGUGCUAAAGUUGCUGACAGAAUACAUUUGCAUAAGACUGCUGAUACCUUGAGCGAUUUUAUUCCUAAAGAAAUCAUGCCAUCAGACUAUGGUGGCAAGGAGAAAUCUGUUUUGGAGUUGAAUAGAGAUUGGGUGGAAGCGAUAAACUCCAAAGAGUUUCAGGAGUACAUGAGCGUGAUGAACAAAGCAAACACCAUCGAAUCAUGCAGACAAUCCAGCAAGUUCACUGAGAACUAUGUCGGAAUGCCCGGCUCAUUCAGAGCUUUGAGUGUGGACUAAAACAUGUUUUUAAAAAUCUUUGUAAAUUACUAGCUUCUACCAGGGGCUUCACCCGCUUUUCCAUGGGAUAAAAAGUGGCCUAUGUGUUUUUUCAGACUAUAAUCUACCGCUGUUCCAAAUUUCAUCUCGAUCUCUUCAACUGUUUUGACGUGAAGGAGUAACAAACAAACACACAUACAAACUUUUACUUUUAUUGUAUUGGUAGGAUAAAAUUAUAUCUCGUGGUAGAAUCAAAUCAACCAAUGCAUCCAUAGUCUAGUGUUUGGUCUACAAUGUUAAUACAGUACGAUGUUCCAACUAUGGGACCUAUUAGGCACCGCAAAAGUACUAACAAGAAUAAAAAGGCAUUAUUAUUAGAACUUGAGACGGGAUAUUUACCAUGUUUAUUAAUUUCGAUGAGUUUCCGAUAUUUCAAAUAUAUAGUAAAUAUCCCGUCUCAAGUUCUAAUAAUAGUGUUAGUGACCAUGUCAGUUUAAAAACUUAUAUAAAUAGACAUUUUAAUGAUGUUGUUUGUUAUCCAAUAGAUAGGUCCAAUCGGCCAUAAUAAUGUUACAGUCAGUAGCUAAUUAUCCACACAUUUUGGAUUGGGAUAGGCUAUUCAUAUCGGCCCUUAGUCUUGUAUAAAGAUUCACAUUAAGUACUAAAGAGCAUUGAGAAUUGCAAUCAGAACUUCGCUCCUAAGACUCACUUUUGCACGCGCCUCAAAGAGCCAUAAGACCACCACAGAUGAGGUUCAGUACGGCUGACGCCUGAUCCGGAGCUGCGGACUACCUAGCUCGUUUACCGGGGGUCCGGCUCGAAAAGCAGGGGUAGGAACAGGGUGGUUUUUAGUCAGUAAGAGUCUGACAUUCCCUCUCGCCUCACCCAAGGCGGGAGAAGUCAUUGGAUGAUUUUCCCCCUUAAAAAAAGGACUCACACUGCUCUCAUCAAAAUGUUUUUAUCAUGGAAGUGGUUUGUAUUAUAGAACAAUUAGAUUAAUAUAAAAAAUAAAUUGUACAUAAUAAAUAAAUAAAUAAAUUGGAAGAGGUGAUAUAUAUUAUUUAAGUGCCAAAUAAAGGAAUAUUAUUUAG